GCCGGGGGGGUAAAAAUUGUGAAUGGCUUCUCACUGACUGAGAUGUGUAAUGAUUUAUAAUGUUUUAUCGGCACUUGGCAGAUGUUGUUUUUAUUUGACGUGACGUUCUUCAGGACUGGAUUGUAACGGGGAAACGAUGUCGGACGCUGAAGGUGCUCGCAGUCCUGACCAGCUGAAUAAAUUCGAGAGACUGACACACAGGCCGCCGCACGGGGAGACGUUAGCAGGUCAUCGUACUCCCCCUGCCCGCAGUGGGCAUCGCUGCGUUGCUGACAACACUAAUCUGUAUGUGUUUGGAGGGUACAACCCUGACUAUGAUGAGUCAGGAGGCUCGGAGAAUGAAGACUAUCCACUGUUCAGGGAGCUUUGGAGGUACCACUUUGCCACUGGCUGCUGGCAGCAGAUUCGAACAGAGGGCUAUAUGCCCACAGAGCUGGCAUCUAUGUCAGCUGUUUUGCACGGCAACAACCUCCUGGUGUUUGGCGGCACCGGGAUCCCCUUCGGUGAAAAUAAUGGCAAUGACGUACAUGUCUGUAACGUGAAGUACAAGCGGUGGUCACUGCUCAACUGUCGGGGGAAGAAGCCCAACAGAAUCUAUGGACAGGCAAUGGUUAUUAUAAACGGCUUCCUGUACGUGUUUGGAGGGACAACGGGUUACAUCUACAGCACAGACUUGCACAGGCUGGACCUGACCACCAGGGAGUGGAUCCACCUCAAACCCAACAACCCUCCUGACGACCUGCCUGAGGAACGGUACAGGCAUGAAAUAGCACAUGACGGACAGAGGAUUUACAUUCUGGGAGGAGGAACUUCCUGGACAUCUUACCCUCUGGACAAGAUACAUGCCUACAAUCUGGAGACCAACUCCUGGGAGGAGAUCACAACUAAACCUCAUGACAAAAUAGGGUAUCCUGCUCCUAGGAGAUGCCAUAGCUGUGUACAAAUACGAAAUGAUGUAUUUAUCUGUGGAGGCUACAAUGGAGAGUUGAUAUUGGCUGAUCUGUGGAAGAUCAACCUGCAGACUUUCCAGUGGAGUAAAUUACCAGCAGUGAUGCCUGAGCCGGCCUACUUCCACUGUGCUGCUGUCACCCCAGCUGGCUGUAUGUACAUCCACGGUGGCGUAGUGAACAUCCAUGAGAACAAGAGGACUGGCUCUCUGUUUAAGAUCUGGCUGGCUGUGCCCAGCCUGCUGGAGCUAUGCUGGGAGAAGCUCCUCAAGGCCUUUCCCCACCUGACUUCACUCCCCACCAUGCAGCUGCUCAACCUGGGCCUCACACAGGAACUCAUUGAACGCUUGAAAUAGGACGCACAGUGGAGGACGGAUGGACGGACGGACAAAUGAAUGGAUGGGACGGGCUGGGCUGGACUGGGAGGAGAUGAGGUCUGACAGAGCACAGAAUUAAAAUCAUAGCAAAAUUCUCGGGAAAACGCCCUCUCCCUCCCCUGCCUAACGUAGCCCCGCCUUAAAACCAAAAACAAUAGGAUGCCUUUUUCUUUUUGUUUGCCAUUUUUUCCCUGCCAGUUUCAGUGAUUGAUAAAGAAAAUAAAUGUGGAAUGUUUUAUGGAUUUUACUCAACUACUCCCCCCCCCGCCUUCUCCCACCCACCCCAUUGGCCACCACAGUUCCUUACAUGAUGCCUUUGUGUCAAGCUAAACAUGAAUUCCCGCUUCUCAUCCUCCAAACUGUGACAGCUGGAAAUACUUUAUGUUGCCAUGACAUGUUUUCACAGCGUGUCCUCUCCCAGUUUUUCUUUUAAAUCUGCCUUCUCUAGUACUUAAGAAUUCUGUGCAAAGGAACAAUGCAUGUGUAUUUAUUUGAAGGACUAAAUCAGAUUUUCAGGGGGUAUUCUCAUCACCUGAUAUUGCUGUUUGCACACUUUGUCUUGCAUAUUUGUGGAUUUUUUUUUUUUUUUUUUUUUUUUUUUAAAAACAGAUCCUAUUAGCAGUCUAUCAUCGGUCAGACAGUGGUUUUAUUACCGGCCAUGCCAGUGUUUUUGCACAUUUUAGCCCACUUAAUUUAAAUCCCAUGUUAAAUGUUUUUUUAGGACCUUCCAGGCAGCAUUUUUAUUUCAGUUAUCUCCCUAUUGUAUGGAAAUCAACUCCCAGAAGCUUGAGAGUUGCUUUACACAGUCAGUCACUCUGAUUUUCACGUGUUUUCAUUGUUGAAGUAAUGUUAUCCUUGCAUAAUUUUGACAUAAAUAAAAGCAGACAAGGUGGUUACUUUGAAGGAUCUUAAAUUCUAAGUUGUUUUUAUACAAUAUAAACAGGAACCAGUGUCUGCCUGGAGGGAAGGAAAAACAUUUUUAAAGUUUAAGUAGUGUGUUACUUGUGUUAAGUUAGCUAAAACAUGUAGAAACACUGUAUGCUCUUCAUUAGGGUGCAAAAAAAAAAGGUUCAGCACUGGGUUUGCCGGUGUCCAAGCCCUUGUAUUUCCUGUAUUUUCCAUUAUGCAUUCUGGAAAACUGUCUGCAGCUCUCAUUUGUAAACCAAACCACGUAACACGUCACUGUGAAUUUGGUGCUCUUUGAAAUUGAUUUUAAAAAAAUGCUUUUAUUCGAAUAAAGACUUAUCUCUGUUCAGACUUUCACUCCCUCUCUGUGGAUGACCCAAAGUGUUUUUGCACAGGGAGUUGCUUCAGUAGCAGGCUUACACAGACAUCUGUUAAUACUGCAGUGCCUUUUUUUCCAAACUUUUAACGAGGCUGAAAUUUCACAAAUAUAGGCAGUGGUAAGAUCUUUGCAUGUUUAGACAAAAGGGUGUGUGUUGAAAAUUGUGUUUUCAAGUAAGUGAACGUUUUAAACCAUUUUCAACAAGCUGUUACGUUCAAUCACUCAACAUGUCGGUGGCAAAAUUUUGUAUCUGUUUCAAGGAUGCAGGAGCUUUGUGUUCUCAUCCUAUUGACGGCCAAACAGUAGACUUUGCAGACUUAGAUUUCACUCCGCUGUGGGGGUCCUAAGGACAGAGGGAUGUCGUAUGCUGUAAAGCCCUGUGAGGCCAAUUGUGAUUUGUGAUAUUGGGCUUUUCAAUAAAAUUGAUUGACUUAAGGACAGGAAGCAGCAUAUUGGGCCUUUUGGGUAUCAACCCUGAAAGCACAGCGUGUCAAGUUAAAGUGUUCAAUCCAGUUUUAAUGUUUAAUGAAUGAUUUUAAAAGAUGCCAAAUACGGUUGCAACCUGAGCAAAGUGAUUAUAAUGAGGGAAAGACCCAGGAUGGGGUGUUGCCCAAUUGUUUUAUCUGCCUGCACUUCUUUACCUUGCCCCUUUUGUUUGUCUUUCCAUUCUGCAUAACAAACUACAUUGUGCAUGAUGUCAUUUCCUGCUUAUCAUCAGACCUUUUCUUUGGGACAUAGUUUUAAAAGGUGACCACUAAAAUGUUGUACAGUAGGCUUGUGUGAAUGUUGUGCUGGAGUACUGUCAAUAAAGGUGUUCUGUAAAUA